GGGUUCUUUUGUCUUUGGCGUGCCCACUAAAAAAUACCCCCCUUUUUUCUCUCUCUCUGAAUCGCUUUGACCCUUGGGGCAUCUAUAUCAGCGAUUGCUGUGAAGUUUUGGGAUUGAUUUGAUUCUGGCAAUGGCCGGCGCUUCUCCAAUUUUUUCCUCAAAGAAUCCGCCUUUAAAUAACUCUCUGAAACUUUGCCCAAAUUGAGCGAAGAUAGAGGAAGAGCUUAGCAAUGAAUCCUGAUCAAGGAGAUGAAGCGAGGCCUCUUGUUGUUGCGAUUGAGGACUGCCCUUCGGUCGAAGCGGGCCAGUGCUCUCCGAAGAACCACGCCCGCGAUGCUCACAUACUAAGUUCCUCUUUCUUCUUCAUCUUCUGUGCUUACGGCGCUGCUCAGAAUCUGGAGAGCACCGUCAACACUGAGGGGGACCUGGGAACGACGUCGAUGGGGAUACUCUACACUUCGUUCACUUUGUUCUCAGUGGUGGCCUCGCCGGUUGUGAGGGGCCUGGGGACGAAGCGGGCUCUGGUUUUGAGUACCACUGGGUAUUUGCUGUUCAUCGCUUCGAAUUUGAAGCCAUCGUGGUACACCAUGGUGCCGGCUUCUUUAUAUCUUGGCUUUACUGCUUCUAUAAUUUGGGUCAGUCAGGGGACAUAUCUCACAUCUGCUGCACGUAGCCAUGCAAGAGAUUGCCAUUUGCAUGAAGGUACAGUAAUCGGUAACUUCAAUGGUGAAUUUUGGGGAAUGUUCGCUAGCACUCAGGUUGUUGGCAAUUUAAUCUCAUUUUUUCUGUUGGGAGAUGGAAAGGAAGGGGAGAAUACAAACCUCCUAUUUACUGUCUUUCUGGGGUGUAUGAUAUUGGGUGCUGCUUUGAUGUGUUUCUUGUCCAAAAGAGAUGAAAAAACUGAAAGUCUUCCUGGACAUGCGUCGGUUAAUAAUUUACUGAAAUCAGUUAUUGCUCCGCUGUUGGAAAUACGGAUAUGGUUGAUUAUUCCUCUUUUUGCAUAUUCUGGCUUAGAACAAGCCUUCGUAUGGGCUGAAUUUACAAAACAUGUCGUAACGCCAGCACUUGGUGUUUCAGGAGUCGGUGGGGCAAUGGCUGUCUUCGGCGCUGCUGAUGCAAUUUGUUCAGUGGUUGCUGGGAGAUUAACAUCAGGCCUUACUUCAGUAACUCGGAUAGUCGCUGGUGGGGCCUUUCUGCAAACACUCGUCUUGCUAUGGCUUCUGUUCGGCUACAGCUUAAGUAGCGGAAUACUUGGCACUGUUUAUCCACUUGUUAUGGCUGCCAUGUGGGCUGCCAUGUGGGGUGUAGGUGACGGAGUGUUCAACACGCAGCUAAAUGCAUUGCUUGGGAUGCUCUUUGAGCGAGAUACUGAAGCAGUUUUUGCACAGCUGAAACUAUGGCAAAGUGGUGCCAUUGCGGUCGUGUUCUUCCUGAGCCCAUACAUAUCGUUGCAGGCAAUGCUGAUAAUAAUGGUCGCUGCAAUUUUUGUAGCUCUAUUUGGUUUCCUGUAUCUUACUCUCCAUGUUGAGAGAUCCUCCGACGAACAUUGAUAGAGACAGCAGAUCUUUAUUGUUCUUUGUGGUUUUCGAGAAAUUGUUCGAAAAUUUUUCUUGGGUUUAUGUUUCGGCCCGUUGUUGGUCCAGAAAAACUGGGGAUACCCACUUUGUUAUCAUGUGUAAACCUGAAGAUUGAUUCUUUCUUCUUUCUGAAAGUUUUUUUUUUAUGCCC